AUGAAGCGUGCAAAUACUAUUAGCCUCUCAGUUGAGAUCGGCCUCCGUUUCAUCGGCAUGUGGCCGGAUUCGGCUUAUCCGGAUCUUUAUUGGUUUAGCUACAUGACAACAAUAGCUAUAGUGCAAUAUUACCAAUAUACGUAUAUAUUUGUACACUUUGACUUGAACGAUCUUUGGCUUCUCAUGGACUGUCUUAGUCUUACCCUAGCAUACAGCCUCGCCUUUCUCAAGCUUUUUGUUCUAUGGUGGAAUCGCCGGAUAUUUUAUUAUAUUGUAAAGGCGAUAGAUGAAGAUUGGAGUAAAUGUAUUAUUAAUGAUUCGUACAAAUCCACGAUGAUGAGCAUGGCAGAUCUGUCGCGCCGUUUUGCAAAUGUAUCGUUCAGUAUUUAUGCCUUCUCUGCUUUUUCUCUAUCAAUUGGCGAGCAUUUGCUUCAGUCGACCGACGACCAGUUCGACAAUAGUUCUCGAGAACUUCCUAUAAAAAUGGAAUUUCCUUUCGACGUUAGCAAAUCACCGAUUUUCGAAUGUUUUUUAAUUGGACAAUUUCUCUAUGAUUUGGUAAUAGCUUGUGUGGUUAAUUUGAUAAAUGCAUUACUUGUUGCAUUGAUACUUCAUGUGAGCGGUCAGAUCGACAAUAUGCAACAAGAUUUAUUUGAAAUUUCUAAUACAAAAUACGAUCGCAAUACGUUUUUACCCGUUAUCAAAAAUUUCAUUUGCAAUCAUCAAAGGAUUAUUAUUUUAUCAGAAAACAUCGAAAAUUUGUUUACCUACCUUGCACUGAUGCAAGUUUUGUGGAAUACAUUGGUUAUGUGUUGCACUGGUUUUGUAAUUAUAAUUAUCGUUCGUAGCGGCGAAGAUACAACAAAUUUGAUUAAAUCAGUGAGCUAUUACAUUACAAUAAUACUAGAGGUUUUUGUAUAUUGCUUUGCCGGAGAAUUUUUAAGUGCCAAAAGCAAAUCGAUUAGCAACGCAGUGUAUGAAGCACUUUGGUACAAUAUGCCGCCAAGCGAUAGUCGUAUUAUACUGUUUAUGAUAUUAAGAUGUCAGAAGCGAUUGACAAUCACUGCAGGAAGAUUUAUAGAUUUGACUUUAGAAGGAUUCACAAUUGAGUUCGGUCUCCGUUUCAUCGGCAUGUGGCCGGAUGCGGCUUAUCCGAAUUUUUAUUGGUUUAGCUACAUGACAACAGUAGCAUUAGUGCAAUAUUACCAGUAUAUGUAUAUAUUUGUACACUUUGACUUGAACAAUCUUUGGCUUCUCAUGGACUGUCUUAGUCUUACUCUAGGAUACAGCCUCGCCUUUCUCAAGCUUCUUGUCCUAUGGUGGAAUCGUCGGAUAUUUUAUUAUAUUUUGAAGGCGAUAGAUGAAGAUUGGAGUGAGUGUGUUAUUAAUGAUUCGUAUAAAUCCACGAUGGUGAGCAUGGCAUAUCUGUCGCGCCGUUUUGCUAAUGUAUCGUUCAGUAUUUAUGCUUUCUCUGCUUUCUUUUUGUCAAUUGGCGAGCAUUUGCUUCAGUCAAUGGGCAAUCAGUUCGGCAAUAGUUCUCGAGAACUUCCUAUAAAAAUGGAAUUUCCUUUCGAUGUCAGCAAAUCUCCGAUUUUCGAAUGUUUUCUAAUCGGGCAGUUUCUUUAUGAUUUGGUGAUAGCUUCUGUGGUUAAUUUGAUAAAUGCAUUACUUGUUGCAUUGAUACUUCAUGUGAGAGGUCAGAUCGAUAUUAUGCAACAAGAUUUAUUUGAAAUUUCUAAUAAAAAGUACGAUCGCAGUACAUUUCUACCUGUUAUCAAAAGUCUCAUCUGCAAGCAUCAAAAGAUUAUUACUUUGUCAGAAAGUAUCGAAAAUUUGUAUACCUACAUUGCACUGAUGCAAGUUCUAUGGAAUACGUUGGUUAUGUGUUGCACUGGUUUUGUGAUUAUAAUUGUCGUUAGUAGCGGCGAAGGUAUAACAAAUUUGAUCAAAUCAGUGAGCUAUUACUUUGCGAUAAUGCUAGAGGUUUUUGUAUAUUGCUUUGCAGGAGAAUUUUUAAGUGCCAAAAGCAAGUCGAUUAGCAACUCAGCAUACGAGGCACUUUGGUACAGUAUGCCGCCAAGCGACAGUCGUAUUAUUCUGUUUAUGAUAUUAAGAUGUCAAAAGCGAUUGACAAUCACUGCAGGAAGAUUUAUGGAUUUGACUUUAGAAGGAUUCACAAGUAUUGUAAAGGCUUCUGUCUCCUAUAUAUCGGUAUUGAAUGCUAUGUAUUAA